AUGAAUGAUCACGAUCCCUCUGAAGAAUAUGAACAUGAGCGACUAGUAAACGAGGAACUUAUGAGAGUGCAAGAAGAAAUCUUUUCAAGUGAAAAUGAAAAUGGUGGCGGUGAUGCUGUUGAUGACGACGAUGGGCAGCAACUAGAUUCAAUGGAAAAUAUCCGUUAUGACCAUGAAGCAUUAUCUGAACAAGGCCUAGAUGAAGAGGAGGGAGGAGAAGGUGUAAUAGAUGAAGGAAGAAUGGCUAGGGUGGAAAGGGUGGGAAAGCCUAAUACUAAGGUUGUCGAGUCGGAAUCACAAAAGAAAUUAAGAAAAAUGAUUAUUAACAUUCAAAAUGACGAUGAUCUUAAACAUGAAGAGAAAUUGAUCAAAAUACAAGAAUUAAUGACGAAUGACUGGCGUGAAAAGGGAAAAAAAUCAGUUGCAGACAAUUCGAAUGGACCUAGUCAAGAUGAUUUUAAGCCAACAUAUAAUGAGAAAAAAAAUAGCUUCGGUUGUAAUCAUUAUGUUAGGGGAGCAAAAUUACAAGCAGAAUGUUGCAAAGGAUGGUUUACUUGUAGAUUUUGUCAUGACGAUGCAUCUGAUCAUAAAAUCGAUAGUGCCACCAAAAAUAUGAUGUGUAUGCAUUGUCUAACUGUACAACCUGCAUCAAUAAAUUGUAAUAAUUGUAAAGUACAAUUAGCGAGAUAUUAUUGUGACAAGUGUAAACUUUGGGAUGAUGAAGUCGAUAAAGAUAUAUUUCAUUGUGACAAAUGUGGAAUUUGUAGAAUUGGUAAAGAACCAGAUUAUUUUCAUUGUGAUGUAUGUGAUUGUUGUUUGACAAUUAAUGGAAAAGAUUCACAUCAAUGCAUCGAAAAGAAUAUGCAUCGUGAUUGUAUGAUUUGUGGUGAAUAUUUAUUCACUUCAUUAUCAUCAACUUGCAAUAUGAGGUGUGGACAUAUUAUACAUAAGGCUUGUUUUGAUAAAUAUAUAUUGACGGCAUACCAGUGUCCAACAUGCUGGAAAUCAGUUUCAAAUAUGGAAAUAUAUUUUAGAAGAAUAGAUGCACUUGUGGCCCAACAACAAAUGCCACCAGAAUACGAACAUUACGUAUCAAAAAUAUUAUGUAAUGAUUGUGUUAAGCAAAGUACAGUAAAAUAUCAUUUUAUAUAUCACAAGUGCCAAUAUUGUAAGGGUUACAAUACAAAAGUCAUAGAGACUAAAGAAUUAUUACCAUGCGAUGAAACAAAUAUCGUCACGGCUUUAGAUAAUCUUGGUUUAGAUGAAUCGAGGACUGGUACUGCUGAUAAUAGUAGCGGUACCAGUAAUGCUGGUGGUGGAUCAACGUCAAAUGGUGGAGGUGGAUCACAAGUCAGACAAUCUAGAAUAAUGGAAGUUACUGCUAUGAUGCAAGGAGAAGAUGGACCAGUUGAUGGAGGGAAUGCCACAGAACAUGGAACAAGAAAUCCUUUCAAUUCACUUGAUUCUAAUAUUUGA